AUGGCAGAACGAGAACCAAUCAGCGGUUCAAGCCGGGACUAUGGGGCGACGGCAGCAGUCCCCAACGUCAGCUUUGCAGACUUCAGUCCCACAGAGCUAUACAACCUGAGCGAGGGUAUAGCGGACAAUGUGAACAGCAUCAACAGUGGGCUUAAGUCGCUGGAGAAGAUGAUGAAACAGAUUGGUGGACCCAACGAUAGUGUGCAGUUGAGGGAUAAAAUCCAUGAUACACAACAGACUGUAAAUGGAUCAGUGUCGGCGACCGCGCGCGACAUUCAGCGGCUAGGCGUAGUCGUCAGAAGGGGAGACAAGCCACAGAAACUUCAAGUUGAAAGGCUCACACAGGCCUUCACUGAGGCUCUUGCGAAGUACUCUUCUGUGCAGAAGCAAGUAUCUGAAAAGAUGGCAGCACAUAUGCCGAGACCGCCGCGCGUGCGCAACGACCCACAAGCGAUGGAAGACCAAGCGAUUGCUGAUGAUGAAGAGGCCACGCUCAUUGCUAACCAACAGGCACAGGCUCGUCUAGUCCAGUUCGAGACGAGCAUGUUGCUUGAGAAAGAGGCGUAUAUCAACAAGAUAGAAGCCGAUGUACUCGACGUGAAUCAAAUCAUACAGGAACUCGCUGAUAUGGUUAACCAGCAAGCACAGUCUGUCGAUAACGUAGAAAGUAACAUAGAAUCAGCCGGUGCGAACGUGGAAGCCGGCGUCGACGAACUAGCAAAGGCAGCAGAAUAUCAACGCAGAUACAGAAGAAAAAUGAUGAUACUUAUCAUCAUCGGCGUCAUCGUUGCAAUCAUAUUAAUCGUAUGGGUCAUCAAAGCGUUCAGAUAG